GCGCCAGCUCAGGAGGUUACGGGCACCGCGGCUGUGGACCUGGAGCCAGCAACAGAAACAAGUGUUCCAGCCACCCCAGAGAGCACACUGGCAGCCAGCACUCUGCCGCACAGCGACCACGGCGACCACAGCAGGACUCCUGUCGCAACUGCGCCGACGACAACCGCCCACACCACCCCCACAACUGGUGACACCACGGUCUCUCGCCUACAGACCCUUUCUGCAGAGAUGAACAGCAAGGUGCUGCUCCAGGCAGCUACACGGGGGUCAGUGGAGGAAGUGCAGGUGCCGCUUUGGGCUUGUGCUAAUGUGGGGCAGAGACCAUGGUCCACGUGGACCGCUCUGCACUAUGCAGCGAUGCAGGGGCACACGGGUAUGGUGAGGUGUCUGAUCGGGAAUGGGGCAGAAGUGGAUGCCAGGAGCGACGCGGGGCACACGCCUCUACAUUUGGCUGCCUGGAAAGGCCAUGCAGCAGUGGUGCGGCUGCUGGCGGCGGCCUUCGCCGACGUCGAUGCCAAGGACCAGUGGGGUAGGACGCCGCUGCACUGGGCGGCACCCUACGGCCACACAGAGGCGGCGAAGGCACUGCUGGAGGCAGGGGCCGAUAGGGACGCCACAGAGGACGCAGGGAAUACCGCGCUGGACUUGGCAAGAGUGAACAACCGACAAUGGAUGGUAGAAAUCCUAUCUAGCAUUCCAACAAACGAUUGUGAUGUAUACUAAAUAAAGCAAGCGUUAAUACACGAUUUCUCCUUCUCUUUAAAAUAAACCAUACAAAAUGUUA